AAAGUGGAGGAAAUUCUCAACCUUCUGACGGCAAGAUUACCUGGGCGGCCAGAAGCAGAUGAUUCCCAAGCCCUUCAAGUUCAUAUGGGAUUGGCACUUGGGAUGUUUAUCUCCCGUCUGUGCGAGGAGAAAGUCAGUGAUACGUCUGGGAAACAAAUGAAAACUUACUAAUAAUGAAAUCAUUGGAUGCACUGGAAAGCUCCUGCUUUGAGUCCAGCCAGGAAUACAACAUUGGCUGCAUUCUAGGAGUGGGCCUGGUACUGUCCUUUAUGAGUCAGAACAGUCAGACUGACAGUAGAGUCCAUGUCUCUGCUACUCUUAGUAAGCUGUAUGAGUGUCUGGAUAACAGCUCUGACCAAAGCCGAAUAGUGCAAGAGGUCUUGUCUUAUGUUGUUGCUGGGGUUUCCGUGUCAGCUUUCAGUGCAGGCAUUUUAGGUGCUGAAGAAGCAGAACAACACAUGAAUAAACUGAGGGCUUUGACUGAGCAGAAUCAGCAGACAGCAGGGUUAGCAUUGGCUCUGGGAAGUAUUGCUCAUGGCUUGUCAGUUUGUGGCCAUGGGAAAGCUGAGGACUUAAGCAAUCGCUUGCUGCCUGCCUGGGUAAAAAUCCUUCUUGCAGAGGGUUGUCCUACAAUGCAACGCUUAGCUGCUCUCAAUGGACUUGUGGCAUUAGUUGGAUCAGAAUCAGCGGUUAUACAACUAAAAUCUGAAGCUAUUCAGUCAUCCAUCUACCAAAGUAAACUUAAUGAAGUCAUAAAAACAAUCACUCAGAUUAUUAACUUUUCUGGAGUAAUUGGCCUACAGACUAAUGCAGCUUGGAUACUUGGACAUCUUCAUUUAUCUAGUCUAUCUUCAUCUCAGAGCAGAACUUCUGUUCCUGCAGAUUUCAGCUAUCUUCCUGAAAGAAGUUUAAUACGUGCUCUUGUGGAUUUCCUCAUUUCGGCUGGAAAAAAAGGCCCUGAAGCCAUCCCUCCAGCCUUGACCAAGGUGUGUGUGUCGUCCAUUUCUGCAGCGGCGGACAAUUAUCAGUACCCACCUGUUAACUGGGCAUCCAUACUUGCUCCGUUAAUGCGACUCAACUUUG